AUUGAAAACAAUGAAUCGAUUUUUAGCACUAAUUGUAUUGAUUUUAGGCAUUAAUUGUCAAACAUUUGACGCAAAACUCAAUGCAAUCAACGAAAACACAAUCAGAGAUGAGUUGACAGUCAAAGCGUUUGAGUCGUCGUUCCCGGAGAAGCCGAUCCAAUUGGUCCGACCGGAUGUACACCACAAACGACUAGUCAUUGUCGACGAAAAUGUUAAGUUAUUGCACCGAUUGGUCGGUCCGGUGGCCACCGUUGCCGUUGUCGGCAAAUUUCACUCCGGAAAGUCAUUCCUCAUGAACCAACUGAUGGGCAAAUCCAGUGGUUUCGGUGUCGGACCCGAUGUCAGGCCGAAGACAAUGGGUAUAUGGAUGUGGGGAAAGCCCACUCAAUAUACUCUGGAAUCUGGUCUCAAAGUAUGGAUUGUCUUUCUGGACACCGAAGGCUUUGCCGCCAACAAUGUGACCGAGAAUUAUGACGCGAAGAUAUUUGCCGUUUCGACACUUCUCUCAUCGCAUCUGUUGUACAAUUCGGUCAAAAUCAUCGACCAGUCGGACAUCGAUUACUUGGAACUGUUGGCCCGAAGAACCCAAUUGUUUGCAUUGCGUUCGCAAAUGUCGCGCAAGAAGUGGACGAAUGACUUCAACAAAGACCUAUUGAGUUUCCCGCCGCUGAUUUGGGUCGUCCAGGACUUCGUUCAGUCCACUGUCGACGAGUCGCCCAAAGAGUGGUUACACCGACUCAUGACUUCUCACACACGAGAGAAUGAUUUGUACGAAAUAAGUCUUAAGGAUGUCUUCAAAUCAGUCGACUGUCACACACUGUUUCUGCCGGCCGUUAAGAAGCAUUUAUUAAACGACCUCUCGUUGGCUAAAGAGGCAGAUUUGACCGAAGAGUACGUCUUCGAGAGACAGGAGUUGAUUAAGAAACUAAAGAAACAAAUUGUUCCCAAAGAGAAGAAUCAUAAGCCAAUCACUGGCGUCGAGUUGGCGACGCUGUUGGAGAUACUGGUGAACGCGGCUAAUGACGGCUCACUGGCCGACAUUCCCAACCGAUGGGACGCUUUCGUUGUGCGACUACAACAGACAGCCAUCGAAGACUGUCUCAAGUUCUAUGAGGCGGACAUGAAUGUACUGAUUGUGGACGAGUACGACAGCCACGCCGUCAAUAUGGCCCGAUUUGACGAGUGGCACAAUCAGUCGCUCCAGAGAUCUGUCCAACUGUUGACACAACUGUUGCACGGAUUGGACGAAUCGUUGGCCAAAGGCUUACACGAAUUGCAGCACAAUAUCAACGUUCAGUUCGAUCGCAAUCGCGAUAUCAAUGAGAAGAAGAUUAAACUCAAGUGUUCGCAGACUUUACACGAACUGGAGAUCAAAUCGGAGCAAAGUAUUCGCGCCAUUGCUCUACCCAUUCAUACCACAGAACUCUUGAGUCAAGCGAAAGAGAUUCUUAAAUCAAUGAAAAGCGAAUACAUUAACCAAAUAAGCGAUUUAGUGGACGGUUUGGAGGCCGAGAAGUACUUGGAUUCGUUGUCGAGGGCUAUUAAGAAUCAAGUGGCGAGCCUUCAGUUGGAGAACAAUAACGCCAUCGAAGCCUUCUUUGAUCAUCAAAUAGGUUUAGGGAUCGAGAAGUUCCAGAAAGUGACUCAAUCCGACUACAGUCGCGUCAAACCACGAAAACCCGAUCUAUUGAAGCGUAUCCUCGCGGAGGCCAACAUUCAAGCGCUUGACUUAUUCAACAAUCAUUGCAAUAAGUUUACAGUGGAGUCGAGUUAUGCAUCAAAAUUAGCGGUUUUGAAGGUUAAGCUCAACGAUAUGAUCAUCGAAUUGGAGAAACAAAACGAAAAUAUUGCCAAAACAUACACUCAAAGCGAAUCAAACCGUUUAAUCGACGACUUUAGUACCCGAACCGGUCCCUCAUUCUUAUCGAUGCCCUCAAACACCACUGAAUUGGAGUCGCGCUUGAAAUUAGAGUUUUCCAAAUCGAUCAGAGAUUAUACGGAUCUUCUGUCCGACUAUAAAGUGUACGAAACAUACGAACAGCUCUUUCAUGAUUUCAAACUCAAUAUCGAAGAGAUCCAUUCCGUGUGUUUACUUCAUUUAGACGAAGGAAAGCCUAAGUAUUGGUCACUGAAUUUGAAGUCAGAGAUUAUCGAUCAGUUCGUUGCCGACGACCAACAGUUACUCAAACUAAUCGACUCCAAAGCUGGCCUUUGGUCAUCAUUUGUAGGCUUUUUCCAAUGGAUUUUAUGGCUUUUAAAUAUAGGCUAG